GUUGUGAAUUCAAUAUGGCGAUAACAAUUUUAUGUUGUGCCUGUUGAAGAAAAAUAAAACGUUUUUUUCGUAAAUUAUUGGGUGAAACGAGCGUUAAAUUUGCCGAUUUUCCAGUUUCGCGGUAUGUUUAACGUACGGGACACGUAAAAUCGUCACGGGGAGCGUCCGGAUUCAAGGUACGCGAAAACUUGUACACAAAGGUUGUGAAUCUUAACCCAGUAGAGAAAAUUUACGUUUGCUAAACGGGCAAAAACUCUUUGAUUUUUUAGCGGGUUUUUCGUCAAGAACUUAUGUAAGUAAGGGGCUCGACCCGGUUUUUUUGUCAGGAGAUCGCCUUAGACGGUAUGUGGGAAUUUUACAACUACGUCAACAGAUUAAGUUAAAAACCCUCCGAACAGCCAUGACUGAUACAAGGCGAAGAGUAAAAUUGUACGCCCUAAAUGCGGAUCGUCAAUGGGACGACAGGGGCACGGGGCACGUUUCCUCCUCCUACGUGGACAGAUUGAAAGGCAUUUCCCUCUUGGUACGUGCCGAGAGCGACGGAUCUCUACUAUUGGAGUCGAAAAUCCAAUCGGACACUGCGUACCAGAAACAACAGGACACCCUCAUCGUAUGGUCGGAGGGUGACAACUUUGAUUUGGCGCUCAGUUUUCAGGAGAAGUUGGGCUGCGACGAGAUUUGGGAGAAGAUCUGUCAGGUGCAGGGCAAAGAUCCUUCAGUGGAAAUCACCCAAGAUAUCGUGGAGGAGUCUGAAGAUGAACGAUUUGACGAUAUGUCGGAUUCAGCACCGCCGAUCGAACUGCCUCCGUGUGAGUUUAAUCGAUUGGAGCAGAUCAGUGAUUUGAUCAGUAAUUGUCUGACGACGCCUAUGCGCAAAGAGAAACUUGCUGCAGCUAUUGAAACUGAAGGUUACAUCCGUAAACUAAUCAACGUAUUCCACAUGUGCGAGGAUCUCGAAAGUACCGAGCGCCUCUACCACCUCUAUGACAUCUUCAAAAACAUUUUUCUACUCAACAAAAACGUCCUGUUCGAAACGAUGUUCAGUGACGACCUGAUAUUCGACGUGGUCGGCUGUCUGGAGUACGACCCGACCUCCCCGAGCCCGAAAAGACACCGGGAAUACUUACGGAAACAGGCCAAGUUCCGGGAAGCGAUCCCGAUCAAAAACCAGGAACUAUUGGCGAAAAUCCAUCAGACGUUUCGGGUGCAGUACAUCCAGGACGUGGUGUUACCCACCCCGUCCGUUUUCGAGGAGAAUCUCCUCUCCACCUUGAGCAGUUUUAUAUUUUUCAAUAAAGUGGAAAUAGUGUCGCUGGUGCAGGAGGACGAGAAGUUUCUCACCGAAUUAUUUACGAUGCUGACCGACGUGAAUACCCCGAACGCGAAACGUAGAGACCUGGUGCUGUUCCUCAAGGAGUUUUGUAAUUAUUCGCAGAAUUUACAGCCGCAGGGCAAGGAUUCGUUUUAUAAGACGCUCACCUCGCUUGGGAUCUUGCCGGCGUUGGAGAUCACGUUGGGCGUGGACGAUCAGAAGACCAAGACUGCCUCCAUUGACAUUUUGACGUAUAUCGUCGAGUAUACGCCUUCGGUGGUGAGGGAGUAUACGUUACAGCAAGCCAGUAACCCUGAUGAAGAACAGAUUCUUCUCAACAUAAUUAUAGAACAAAUGAUCUGUGAUUCUGACCCGGAACUGGGCGGGGCCGUUCAGCUGAUGGGCGUCCUCCGGAUCCUCCUCGACCCGGAAAACAUGUUGGCUUCCGUUAAUAAAUCCGAAAAAACCGAUUUCCUAAACUUUUUUUAUAAGCACUGCGUGCAAAUCCUAAUAGGUGAGUGCGUUACCCGACAUUCUAUUACAAAACACUUCUAUAAAUCAUUAAAUUUUUCAGAGCCUUUACUGGAAAACACCAUAAAUGACAUCCCCCAAAGGGAGGAUUACAAACACGUUCAACUGUUGGGCUUAAUUUUGGAGCUGUUGUCCUUUUGCGUGGAGCAUCACACUUAUCACAUUAAAAAUUGUAUUUUAAAUAAGGAUCUGCUCAGGAGGAUACUGGUGCUAAUGAAAUCUACCCAUAAGUUUCUCGUUUUAUGCGCCUUAAGGUUUAUGCGAAAACUCAUAUCCCUUAAGGACGAAUUUUAUAACCGUUAUAUAAUAAAAGGGAACUUGUUCGCGCCAGUGGUGGACGCUUUCGUAAGGAAUAAGGGCCGAUACAACUUACUCGACUCCGCCAUCAUUGAAAUGUUCGAAUUUAUUAAAUCGGAGGAUAUAAGGACGUUGUGCGGACACGUGGUCGAGAAUUUCGGCAGGAGUUUGGAAGAUAUCGGCUACGUGCAGACGUUUAAGGGGUUGAGGUUACGAUACGAUCAGCACCAGGACAAGAUGAAGGAUAGAAACAGUUUGGAUGGGGUCCCGUCGAUAUUGAGGAACAGUCGAUACAGACGCGACCAACGGCAAAUGGAGGAGGAGGAAGAAAUGUGGUUUAACGAGGAAGACGAUUUCGAGGACGGUCCCUCGAUGCACGGCCAACAACAACAACAACAACAACAACAGCAGCCACAGCAACAACAACAGCAACAAAAUAAAUCACCGUCGACGCCGCCUCCGCCCCCGAACUCCGCUACCGGACACGACAUUUUAUCGAAAAAACUGGAAACGAAUUUGGACAGUAUAGGACCGACCGGUGCCAAGGUGUUAGAGAAAAAAUCCCUCUUAGAUGCCAGUAUAGACAGUAUAGGUGGCAAAAAGUCACCUACGUUACCCACCUCGCCGCAGAGUGUCGUUGAAACGAAUGGACCAAGUAAACAGGUGAAUAAUAAUUCGUCGUCGCCGAAAUCCCCCCUGUCGUUACAACAAAACGCGAUAACGAACAACAACGCGACGACGUCGCCGCAAACGGUCGAGGCGUCGACGGUGACCGUCACGACGACGACGCCGACGACGACUGCGACGUCCGGUGACGGAAAAGUCGCCAUUUUCAAACGGGUACGGGGUUUGGUCGAUUAUGAGGGCGGAGACUCGGACGAAGAAGAAGACGCCCAAGACCAAGGCGGGGGAGGAGGAGGAGGCAGCGGCGAAAAUGCCAGUAAAAGACCGCGACUGUCGUAGUGCCCUCUAUCGCCGUUUCUCUAGGAAACGGAGUUUUAUUUACUUAUUUGUAUAUGUCAGCCAGGAAGGUACGUCCAAAAAAAAAGCAAAACAAAACAAAAUCGGAGCAAUAGGAAACCCGACCGAGUGGACAAAAUAUACAAACUGUAUAAGUAUACAAGAAAUUUGGUGUCAAAAAGGAAAAUAAAAUGGGCGGGACGAGAGUGCGCGUUUCCGUUUUAUUUUUUUUU